AUGGUUUCCAAAGAUGGCAUGUUUCGAUAUGCUGACAAUGUCGACAAGCUGUUAAUGUUUUUCGGAACUUUGGGUAGUAUCGGAGAUGGAUUGCAGUACCCUCUUACAAUGCUUGUUCUUAGCAAAGUGAUCAAUGAAUAUGGAGAUCCCAAUGCCAAAUUGUCUAAUGAUACUGUAGAUAAGUAUGCACUUAGGCUGCUCUAUGUUGCGAUCGUAGUUGGACUUUCGGCAUUUGUCGAAGGGGUUUGUUGGACACGAACAGCAGAAAGACAGACUUCCCGAAUAAGGACAGAAUACUUAAAAUCUGUCCUUAGACAGGAAGUUGGUUUCUUUGACACUCAGGAGACCGGUACCUCCAUGACCUUCCAAGUCGUGUCAACGAUAUCUGCAGAUGCCAAUGCAAUCCAAGUUGCAAUAUGUGAUAAGAUACCGAAUUGCCUUGCAUUUCUUUCAACCUUCUUCUUCUGCCUCAUUGUUUCCUUCAUAUUAUCAUGGAGAAUUACAUUAGCAGCGAUUCCAUUGACGCUGUUCUUCAUUGUUCCCGGGCUGGUAUUCGGGAAACUGAUGAUGGAUGUGAUAAUGAAGAUGAUCGAAUCUUAUGGUGUUGCAGGUGGGAUUGCAGAACAAGCAAUUUCCUCCAUAAGAACUGUUUAUUCAUAUGUAGCUGAGAAUCAAACAAUAGAAAAAUUCAGCCAUGCACUUGAAAGGACCUUGGAAUUGGGAGUAAAGCAAGGUUUUGCAAAGGGAUUGUUGAUGGGAAGUAUGGGAAGCAUUUAUGUAGGAUGGGCUUUUCAAGCAUGGGUUGGGACUUAUUUGGUCACCGAGAAAGGCGAAAAAGGUGGUUCAGUUUUUGCAGCCGGAAUCAAUGUCGUAAUGGGAGGAUUGAGUGUUUUGGGUGCACUACCGAAUUUAACUGGCAUCACCGAGGCAACCGUUGCUGCUACUAGGAUUUUUGAGAUGGUUAACCGAGUUCCUUCUAUCGAUGCAGACGAUAGGAAAGGAAAGGCUUUGUCAUAUGUAAGAGGAGAGAUUGAAUUUAAGGACAUAUAUUUCAGCUAUCCAUCAAGACCUGAUUCAUCUGUCUUGCAAGGUUUGAAUAUUAGAAUCCCAGCCGGAAAGUCCGUCGGUCUUGUUGGAGGCAGCGGUUCGGGCAAGUCCACAACCAUUGCAUUGCUUCAAAGGUUUUAUGAUCCUACUGAUGGAGAAGUUCUUUUGGAUGGAUACAAAAUAAGGAGACUUCAGCUGAAAUGGUUGAGAUCUCAAAUGGGACUAGUUAGUCAAGAGCCUGUACUCUUUGCAACAUCCAUAAAAGAAAAUAUACUGUUCGGGAAAGAAGGAGCAUCGAUGGAAGAUGUAAUAAGUGCAGCUAAAGCGGCCAAUGCGCAUGACUUCAUUGUCAAAUUACCGGAGGGAUACGAAACUCAUGUUGGUCAAUUCGGGUUUCAGAUGUCUGGUGGCCAGAAGCAGCGAAUUGCCAUAGCUAGGGCUUUGAUCCGGGACCCUAGAAUCUUGCUUCUGGAUGAAGCUACAAGUGCACUGGAUGCACAAGCUGAACGGAUAGUGCAAGAGGCGAUCGACAAGGCAUCCAUAGGGAGGACAUCGAUCAUCAUUGCUCAUCGCCUAAUGACAAUAAGAAACGCAAAUCUUAUUGUGGUUCUACAAGAUGGUAGAGUGAUUGAAUCAGGGUCCCAUAAUGAACUAAUGCAAAUGAAUGAUGGAGAAGGCGGAGAAUACUACCGGAUGGUAGAAUUACAGAAAAUGGCAUUACAAAAUGAAGUUUCUGAUGACAUAAGUUACAAAACCGAAGGAAGAUAUCGCCACAGGAUGAAUGUUGCACAAAGUCCGAUAAGCUAUAGAUCGAGUGCUGCGAGCACGCCAUCAUUGAGCCCUUUCAGCCCUGCUCUAUCAGUGGGAACACCCUAUUCCUACACUAUCCAAUAUGAUCCUGAUGAUGAUAGUAUUGAUGAAAACUUCAAGCGAGUAUCUCAUCCUACUCCAUCACAAUGGCGUCUGUUAAAAAUGAAUGCGCCGGAAUGGGGAAGAGCAUUGGUUGGAAGUGUGGCUGCAAUUGGCUCUGGAGCAGUUCAGCCUAUAAAUGCAUACUGUGUUGGCUUACUUAUAUCGAUUUACUUUCGUGGAAACAAAUCUGAAAUCAAGUCAAAAUCUAAAACUUUGUCAUUCGUUUUCUUAGGCAUAGCUGCUCUUAACUUCACAUCCAGUCUCCUCCAACACUACAAUUUUGCUGUCAUGGGAGAGAAAUUAACGAAAAGGGUACGGGAGAAGUUUCUUGAGAAGUUGAUGACUUUUGAGGUUGGUUUUUUCGAUGAAGAGGAGAACACAAGUGCAGCCAUUUGCACAAGAUUGGCUACUGAAGCCAACAUGGUUCGUUCCCUUGUUGGAGAUCGAAUGUCAUUGCUGGUUCAAGCCAUUUUCGGGUCCAUUUUUGCAUACAUAGUAGCACUUAAACUUAGCUGGAGGUUAUCACUUGUGAUGAUUGCGGUUCAACCGUUAGUCGUUGGAAGCUUUUAUGCAAGGAGUAUGUUGAUGAAAAGUAUGUCCGGAAAGGCGCAAAAAGCACAGAAGGAAGGAAGCCAACUAGCAAGUGAAGCUAUUGUAAACCAUAGAACUAUCACUGCCUUUUCAUCUCAGAAAAGAAUAUUAGGGCUCUUCAAGGACACGUUAAAAAGUCCGAAAGAGGAAAGUGUCCGACAUUCAUGGCUUUCGGGUUUAGGCCUCUUUAGCUCUCAGUUUUUCAACACAGCUUCUACAGCAUUAGCUUACUGGUAUGGUGGGAGACUAUUGACAAAAGGGUUAAUAACAUCAGAACACCUUUUUCAAGCCUUCUUGGUGUUGCUAUUCACUGCUUAUGUCAUUGCUGAAGCUGGAAGCAUGACCAAUGAUUUAUCGAAAGGAAAUAGUGCCAUUCGAUCAGUUUUCACGAUCCUCGAUAGGAAAACAGAGAUCGAUCCUAAUCAUUCAUGGGCUCUAGAGGUUAAAAAAACGAUUAAGGGACGAAUAGAGCUGAAAAAUGUGUUCUUUGCUUACCCAACCAGACCUGACCAAUUGAUAUUUAAGGGCCUAAACCUUAGAAUUGAAGCAGGGAGGACAGUUGCACUAGUCGGACAAAGUGGUUCCGGAAAAUCUACCAUUAUCGGACUUAUUGAGAGGUUUUAUGAUCCGACGAAAGGAUCAGUAUUCAUAGAUGCGCAGGAUAUAAAGAACUAUAAUUUAAGAAUGCUGAGAACACAUAUUGCACUUGUGAGUCAAGAGCCAACCCUGUUUGCAGGAACGAUCCGCGAAAAUAUUGCCUACGGGAAGAAGAAUGCUAAAGAAUCCGAGAUACGGAAGGCUGCAAAGCUCGCCAAUGCUCAUGAAUUCAUAAGUGGAAUGAAAGAUGGUUACGACACAAAUUGUGGAGAAAGAGGGGUUCAACUAUCAGGGGGUCAAAAACAGCGGAUCGCACUCGCACGAGCCAUACUAAAAAACCCUUCAAUUCUCCUGCUAGAUGAAGCCACCAGUGCACUUGAUAGUGUCUCAGAAAAAUUGGUUCAAGAAGCACUUGAGAAGAUGAUGGUGAGCAGAACAUGCGUGGUGGUCGCUCAUCGGCUAUCGACCAUUCAAAAAGCUAAUACCAUCGCCAUUAUCAAGAACGGGAAAGUUGCGGAACAUGGUUCGCAUAAUGAACUGCUUUCCUUAGGCCGUGGUGGAGCAUAUUAUUCGUUGAUAAAACUACAGGGUGGGAGUUCUCCUUAUAGGUAA